GUGUUUCAAAACUGUGCUGGGAGGGUUUGCUGCAGCCUGGGGACUUUUUCUGAGGUUACUCCCGAGCACUCAAAGUCCUUCGGCCUCCAGCAGUACAAACAGACAGCCAGACGCCGCCACACACGGGGGCUGUCUUCCGAAAAGUUUCCAUCAGCUUUGCACAUCAGCUGGUUGAACAUAAUUCUUCAAACACUACAGAGUCAAGGAUACAGGUAUUAAAGCACAUGAUUCGGGAGUUACCUUUUGUGACAUGGAUGAAUCUGCGUUGACCCUUGGCACAAUAGAUGUUUCUUAUCUGCCAAAUUCAUCAGAAUACAGUGUUGGUCGAUGUAAGCAUGCAAAUGAGGAAUGGGGUGAGUGUGGUUUCAGACCUACUGUCUUCAGAUCUGCAACCUUAAAGUGGAAAGAAAGCCUAAUGAGCCGAAAAAGGCCAUUUGUAGGAAGAUGUUGUUAUUCCUGUACUCCUCAGAGCUGGGAUAAAUUUUUCAACUCCAGUAUCCCAUCUUUGGGUUUGCGGAAUGUUAUUUAUAUCAAUGAAACUCACACAAGGCACCGAGGAUGGCUUGCAAGACGUCUUUCCUACGUGCUUUUUGUUCAAGAGCGAGAUGUCCAUAAAGGCAUGUUUGCCACCAAUGUGGCUGAAAAUGUACUGAACAGCACUAGAGUACAAGAGGCAAUUGCAGAAGUGGCUGCUGAACUAAACCCUGAUGGUUCUGCUCAGCAGCAAUCAAAAGCCAUCAGUAAAGUGAGAAAGAAAGCCAAAAGGAUCCUUCAAGAGAUGGUUGCCACUGUCUCACCAACGAUGAUCAGAUUGACGGGAUGGGUGUUACUCAAGCUGUUCAACAGCUUCUUUUGGAAUAUUCAGAUUCACAAAGGCCAACUGGAGAUGGUUAAAGCUGCAACUGAGAUGAAUUUGCCACUUAUAUUUCUACCAGUUCACAGAUCACAUAUUGACUAUCUCCUGCUGACUUUCAUUCUCUUCUGCCAUAACAUCAAAGCACCGUACAUUGCUUCAGGCAACAAUCUUAACAUUCCCAUCUUCAGUACCUUGAUCCAUAAGCUUGGGGGGUUUUUCAUACGACGGAGGCUGGAUGAAACGCCAGAUGGACGGAAGGACAUUCUCUACAGAGCUUUGCUCCAUGGGCAUAUAGUUGAACUACUUCGACAGCAGCAGUUCUUGGAGAUUUUUCUGGAAGGCACGCGCUCUAGGAGUGGAAAAACCUCCUGUGCUCGGGCAGGACUUUUGUCAGUCGUGGUAGAUACUCUGUCUACUAAUACCAUCCCAGACAUCUUGAUAAUACCUGUUGGAAUCUCCUAUGAUCGUAUUAUUGAAGGUCACUACAAUGGCGAACAGCUGGGAAAACCCAAGAAGAAUGAGAGCCUUUGGAGUGUAGCUAGAGGAGUUAUCAGAAUGUUACGAAAAAACUAUGGCUGUGUCAGAGUGGAUUUUGCACAACCAUUUUCCUUAAAGGAGUAUUUAGAAAGCCAAAGUCAGAAACCUGUGUCUGCUCCACUCUCUCUGGAGCAAGCCUUGUUACCAGCUAUAAUUCCUUUAAGACCCAGUGACGCUGCGGACAAAGAUGCAGACACAUCCACGAACGAGUCCAGAAAUGUAACAGAUGAACCCUUCCGAAGAAGACUGAUUGCAAAUCUGGCCGAGCACAUCCUCUUCACUGCUAGCAAGUCCUGUGCCAUUAUGUCCACACACAUCGUGGCCUGUCUGCUCCUCUACAGACACCGGCAGGGCAUUGAUCUCUCCACAUUGGUGGAGGACUUCUUUGUGAUAAAGGAGGAAGUCCUGGCUCGUGAUUUUGACUUGGGCUUCUCAGGGAACUCAGAAGAUGUCGUCAUGCACGCCAUACAGCUGCUGGGAAAUUGUGUCACCAUCACCCACACCAGCAGGAACGAUGAAUUUUUUAUUACCCCCAGCACAACUAUCCCGUCGGUCUUUGAACUCAACUUCUACAGCAAUGGCGUGCUCCACGUCUUCAUCAUGGAGGCCAUCAUAGCCUGCAGCCUUUAUGCCGUUCUGAACAAGAGGGGCUCCGGGGGGCCUGCGGGGCCGUCCCCCAGCUUGAUCAGCCAGGAGCAGCUGGUGCGGAAGGCCGCCAGCCUGUGCUACCUCCUCUCUAACGAAGGCACCAUAUCACUCCCCUGCCAGACAUUUCACCAAAUUUGCCAUGAAACAGUAGGAAGGUUUAUCCAGUAUGGCAUUCUCAUAGUGGCAGAGCAAGAUGACCAGGAAGACAUUAGUCCUGGUCUUGCCGAGCAGCAGUGGGACAAGAAGCUUCCUGAGCCCUUGUCUUGGAGAAGCGACGACGAAGAUGAAGACAGUGAUUUUGGUGAGGAGCAGCGAGAUUGCUUCCUGAAGGUGAGCCAGUCCAAGGAGCACCAGCAGUUCAUCACCUUCUUGCAGAGGCUCCUCGGGCCCUUGCUGGAGGCCUACAGCUCUGCCGCCAUCUUCAUCCACAACUUCAGUGGUCCGGUCCCCGAGCCCGAGUACCUGCAGAGGCUGCACAAGUACCUGGUGGCCAGGACGGAGAGGCGCGUCGCCGUGUAUGCUGAGAGUGCCACUUACUGCCUUGUGAAGAAUGCUGUGAAAAUGUUUAAGGAUAUCGGGGUUUUCAAAGAGACCAAACAAAAGAGAGUGUCUGUUUUAGAACUCAGCAGCACGUUUCUACCUCAGUGCAACCGGCAAAAACUCCUAGAGUACAUUCUGAGUUUCGUGGUGCUGUAGGUUAGUCCUGGCACCUCUGGCAAGUGGAGGGUAUCCGAUGAGUCCCUCGCAGGCUCCAGCCUCUGGCUCGAGAGCUGAAGGUGCCGACAUGUGGACAGGCCUGCCCUGUCCUGCUGUGACGUGCUGGAAGACAAGUGCCUUCCCCUCCGCGGGGCUGUGCUUACCCCCUCCUCCGAUAUGACACAGCAGCCUCCGUGGAUGCUCGGGGGCCCCCAGCCUCCGCUUGCAACUCAUCGUCAGUAGGUGACGCAAUGAAAUCUCAAAAAAUUAUUUUGGAAUUUAUUAAAGAUUUCCCUUUUAAGUAUCA